AUGGCCCCCGCAGCCGUGUCGGCUGCAGACCUCGGCUCCGCGUCGGAGCCUGCAGCCAUGCAGGCGAGCAGGACCAAGCACCAGAACUUCCAGGCCCGGAAGUAUGAGCGGCCGGGCCUGAAGCAGGACGAGAUCGAGGAGAUCAAGGAGGCGUUCGACCUGUUCGACACCGACCAGUCGGGGGAGAUCGACCUGAAGGAGCUGAAGGCAGCCAUGGCGUCGCUCGGCUACGAGAGCAAAAACGACACGAUCUUCCUCAUGCUGUCCGAGCUGGACACCGACGGCAGUGCGUCGCUCGACUUCGAAGAGUUCCUGGGCCUGAUGUCGCCGCCCCGCCGGCAAGACGGCAAGGACGAGAAGGACACCAGGGCCGAGAUCCAGAAGAUCUUCAGGCUGUUCGACCAGGACAACCACGGCGUGAUACUGACCAGGGACGUGAUGAAGGUGUGCAAGGAGCUCGGCGAGCGCCUCACCAAGGAGGAGGUCGAGGAGAUCGUCAGGCGAGCGUGCCAGGACGAGUCAAAGAUGGAGAUCACGUUCGAGGACUUCUAUCAGGUGAUGACGAAGAAGACCUUCCCGUGA